GUUUAAUAUGUACAUAUGGCAAACUGGAGCUUAAACCACUUUUACGGUGCUUUUUAGACAGCAUUUAUCAAGUAUUUGUCUAUAAGAGCAGAAAUUUUUGCAAUACAUUCCAAAAUAUAACAUUCUUUACAUGAGACUCAGCAAGAAACCUUCAUAUCAAAUAUUAUACAUUACCAGUACCAUAUGAAUAUCAAUUGAAUAGUCGAAUCGUGAUUUGUUUUUUUAAUAACUUUAUCUACUUUGAUCCCCGCAAGUAGUUGCGUUCGUUCUACUUACUGUACGGCGAUUUGAUCCGAUAUGUGGGUCGGAAAUGAACAAGUUUUGGACCCGACCCAGCAGUUCGAAAAAGGUCGAAUCCGAGGCCUGCAAGAGGAGCGCAUCCGCGUGCAGCAAAAGACAUUUACAAAGUGGAUCAACUUUCACCUGAAACCUACCGGGAUCCAUGUGGAGGACUUGUUUGAGGAUAUUAGGAAUGGAAGGAUGUUGCACCAGUUGUUACAGGUCAUUUCGGGGGAGAUGUUGCCCAAAGUGAGUCGAGGAGUGAUGCGAAUCCAGCAGCUGGAGAAUGUCGGCAUCUCUCUCUCAUUCCUCUCCAAAAAGGUGACGUUGGAAAACAUCGGCGCUUCGGACAUCGUAGAUGGGAACAAGCGACUCAUCUUAGGGCUCAUCUGGACCAUCAUCCUCCGCUUCCAAAUCCAACAAAUUGUGUUCGAGGAACAAAUCGUCCAGGAAACUGCACCAGAACAGGAGAGUUCAGUCAAGAAGUCGGCAAAGGAAUCGUUGCUACUCUGGUGUCAGAAACAGGUGGAACCAUACGACAACGUAGAUAUCAGAAACUUCGACAAGAGCUGGCAAGAUGGGCUGGCAUUCAACGCUUUACUACAUUCCAGAAGGCCCGACUUGGUCAAUUACGAUUCGUUGGACCCAAACAAUGCUGAAUGGAAUCUGAGACACGCAUUUGACUCAGCUGAAAAUGAGAUGAACAUCCCGAGACUCAUCGACCCUGAGGACGUUGUUACGCGUCCCGACGAGAAAAGCAUCAUGACUUACGUCGCCCAAAUCUACUCGACUUACGCAAAGAUGAAAGCAGAGAAACGAAGUGGUCGACGAAUGGAGAAUGUCGUCCGAAUGUUAAUGAGCAUUGACGAGGCUGAAAAGAAAUACGUUGCUCUAUUCAGUGAUCUGGUUUUUUGGGUUCGCCAGAAAACAAAAGAGCUGAACAACAGAACCUUCCCAAAUUCCCUAACUGGCAUCCAAGAACAUCUGAAAAAAUUUAACAGAUACAGAAAUGAGGAAAAGCCAAUGAAGUAUAAAGAAAAGGGAGAGCUUCAUAUGAUGUUUCACUCCAUAAAUGUGAAAUGCUUCGCCAACAACAGAAUUCCGUUUUAUCCGCCCGAAGGACACCUGAUUAAAAAUCUGGAGGCAGAAUGGGAUGUGUUGGAUAGGGCGGAGAGAGAACUGGAACGGGCGAUUGUGAAAGAGUACAUGAGACUGGAGUCACUGGAAAGAGUUGCGGAGAGGUUUAAGAGGAAAGAGAGGCUGAGGAUGGCCUGGCUGGAAGACAUGUGGGAGAUCAUAGAAGACCAGGAGCAGUGCCGGGACUCACUUCCUGUGUUGGCGGCGUUCCAGAGAAACGAAGCUAUUUUGCUAGACGUGCAAGCAAGGGAGGAGAAGUUUGCCAAGGCGAAGGAACUGGCAAAAUUCCUGUGGACGAGCGAUUACCACCAGAAGGUUGAAAUCAACAAGAGAGAGAAGAAGCUGAGGAGUGAGUAUGAGAGGCUGAGACAGUCAGUACAGGCUGCCCACGUGGUGUUGAAGGGGGCCAAUGAUGCUGGAGUUGUAGCCAGACAGACACAUCUCAUUCGACAGGAGAUCAAAUCAAUCGAGCCAGCACUGCUGUCGCAAGAGACUGGCUCGCAUCUGCUGAUGGUGGAGGAUCUUCUGAGGCGACACUCUAUGCUGGAGGGACAGAUUGUGAGUAUAGAUGCGAGGAUAACCCAACUGCAGAACAAAGUGAACAACGUAGUGGCCGCCGAGCACUCGGACAGUGAGCAAACUGUCAAGUCAUACAAUGCACUCAAGAAGGACUUCAAGUUCGUGAAAGAGCGGUCGAACGGACGUCGGAAAGCCCUGGAACAGAACCUUGAGCUGUUCCAGUUUCAUCAGGACGCAGACGAGGAAGAGAUGUGGUUGGACGAGAGCAGCCAGAUCAUGAUGCAGCCAGUGGUUGCACGUGACCUCCUAUCGGUCAUUGAGCUGCAGAAGAAACAGAAGGCGUUUGAGCAGAAGAUAAACACGCACGAAACGUUCAUCAAAGAUAUUUUGAAACGAGGCAAGAGUCUGCUGAAAAUUCCAAACAGUUUUGGAGUGCAACAGCGAAUGGAAAUUCUUCCGAAGAAAUUGGAGGACCUCAAAAGCUGUUCUUCGGAGCGUUUAGAACGCCUGCAAGAGGCCUUAGAGACACAACAGUAUUACACAGACGCCAACGACAUUGAAUCUUGGAUGAAAGAAAAGUACCCACUGGUAUCGAACGACAAUUACGGGCAGGAUGCUAUGAGUGCGACCAACCUCUUUGAUGCUCAUAAGAAAUUAAACGAACAGAUAGCCGAGUUUGCCACUGAUGUCUCGAAGUUACGAGAAGACGCAGAUCGAUUGAAGAAAACGGAGUUGGCGCUACAACCAAUGAGUGGAGGAGUUGAGUCGGGUGUGGCCGAUGAGUUUAUCGAAGAGGAGGUGUACAUUCCUGUCGAAAUCGAAGAUCGUGAAAUGAUCGCCAGGGAAAUUGAUCACACAGACACCGAGGUUCGCGAGAUCCCCCGCGUCGCAACAUUGCGAGAAUACAAAGACAAAAGUGGAUUUAUAAUUAAAGCAGGGACACAGUAUGAUCUUCAGGACAGCUCGGAUGAACUUUUCUGGGUCGUCAAAGAUUCAAAAACAGGACGUGAAAUGACUUUGCCCAAAAAUCUUCUGAGAGAUAACGGAACAAGACAUGAAGAAGUGCAUGUGAGCAAAGUCCACACCGUACACGAGGAAGUUGCGGUAAAGAGAAUCCAAAAACGAAAACAAAAGGUCAAACGAAGGAAAACAUUGAAGACUGGAAUAUCUCCGAUGCUUGGUGAAAAGGUAACCAAGAGCUCUCGUUUUGACGCUGAAAACAUUCAGCUGCGUCAACAAACGAUCGAGAGUACGUAUAAUCAACUUCAAAAGUUGUCCUCCGCGAGGUUGCAGAUGUUGCAUGAUUUUGCAGAUUUGUUCAAUUUCUUUGUCGGAGCCGAAGAGUUGCUAACAUGGAUCGACAUAAAAGAUAGAUGGAUCCGUUCAGAGUUGAAUCAGAAGAAAGAUUCACCGGACUCAUUGCGACAUGUUUUGGAAACCUUUUUGACAGAAUUGGUAGCUAACGAACCAAGAGUUGCUAGGAUACUAGCCGAGGGCGAGAAAGUAGCGCGUGGUUCAGUCGGAGCAUCUAACAAGCGAAAGAUUUCAGGAAUGACCUCAAACAUUCAAGCAAAGUGGGGAGCUUUGAAGAAAUUGAAGCUGGAAAAAGAGAAGAUUUUAGCUGGUGCGGCUGGACUCAAUGCAUUUGAAGCUGAUAUGGAAGGAGCGAUAGACAUGGCAAAGGACACAAUUGCGUUGCUGGAAUCUGGAAUUGCUGCAAGCAAGAAUCCAGAUGCAGCUUCGGCAGGACUUUUGAAGCAUAAAUUGUCACCCGAGGAUGUGCAAGCUCAAAUUAACAAACUGAAUAAAACGAUUAAACCUUUAGACGAAAGGAUAAACAAGCUAAUUGUUCUUGGAAACUCUCUUGCAUCAACCAAUCCUGGUCAGGCUGCGUUGGUCAAAAAGAAAGUGGCUGAACUCCAAGCUGUGCGAGACAAUCUUCAAAGGCUACUAGACGAAAGGCUUGGGCAGCUAGAGCGAGAAAAGAAAUUAUGUCAGUUCAAAAAGGACUGCGAAUCUCAAAUUAGUUGGGCUGACAAAGCAAGGGAUAUCAUGUCCUACCGUGAACAGCCAAGUGACCUUGAAACUGUGUCUGACGCUCUUGCAGAACAUGACACCUUGAAAGACGAAAUCGAUUUUCGUGUGCCUGUUAUUGAAGAGCUUAUCAAGGAAUCGGAGGCACUGAAGCCCAUGGCUGGAAAUGAUCGCGAUUUUGGUCAGUUGGGGCAAAAAGUGACGCAGCUUCCAAUUCAACUUAAAAAUGAAUGGGUUGGCCGCGACAAGUUUUUGAAAGACUGCAAAAAUGCGGCUCAGUUUUACAGAGAAGCUGACGGUGUUGAGGCGCAAUUAGGAGCUCAGUUGGCCCUUUUGUCAUCCGAUAAUUUAGGAAAAUCGGCAGACGAAGUCGAAUCGUUGCUGAACCAACUGAACACUCAGAAAGAUAAAAUUCAUUUGUUGGACGAUAAGACAAAAAAUUUGGACACUAAGGCUGCCAAGAUGACACGUGAUCGAAACGUGGCCUCGAACAAGGUGAACGAAAAGCUUAAAGAGGUUAAAAGUCUGAGAGAUAAAACCAUAAAGGCUUAUAACGAGAGAGAUAGGAGUCUACAGGAUAGUUUGGACUACCAGACUCUUUUGAGGGACGUCUCUGAAAUGGACGACUGGAUGCUGGAGCGACUUGCGAUAGCGCAGGAUCCAGCGUUCAAAGAAAUGGUGAACCUGGAUAAGAAGCAGAAAAUUAUAUCAAAUCUGGAGUCUGAGCUGGAAAAACGUCAUACUGAUCUGAACGAAAUUGCCGAACGUGGCAAGCAUUUAAUGAACCAACAACACUAUGCUUCUCCGGAAAUCAGACAAGCUCUGCUCAAUUUGGCAAAACGCUGGAAAGAUUUGAAAUUAGCGGUCGAAAAUGCAGGCGGAACUAUUGGAUUGUCGCAUAAACAGAAAGUGCUAAGAGAUGAUAUCAAGCAUCGAAAUGAACGUUUAGCGGAGCUCGAAGAUGAAAUUGUAGCAGAAAAUCUAGGCAAUAGUUUGAACGAGGCAAAAGAUUUGCUCAAGGAAAACCAAGUAAUCGAGGAGGAAAUUCAGGAUGGUUGUGAUGAUGCUAAUGGUAAGCUGCUACGAGAAGUCGAUACUUUGAUCCAGAAAGGCCAUCACGACCCUGACGGUAUUCGAAAAAUGCUCUCGGAUUAUGCAGACUCUGUGAAGAACCUUCAACGCCGAGGAGGUGAAAAGAAUCUGAAAUUGAAAGAUUCAGUUGAAUUUUUCCAGUGGAAAGAGGAUGCGCUUUCGCAGAAAGAGUGGUUCCAGGAAAGGAUGGACGAAGCGGAGAGCACGCAUUUUGGAUCCCACUUGGACGCCACAGCGAAUCUUUUGACAAGACAUCAGGCUCUGGACCAAGAGCUCUCAGACAGAGAAUCCUUUGUAAAAGAAUUACUUUUAGGGGCUCAGAAGAUGAUCAUGGCCAAUCAUUGGGCAAAAGAGCAAAUUGAGUCGAUAGGAGACGAAAUUACAUUUCUUUGGAACACAAUAAACGCAGCUUGCGUGGACAGAAUGUCAAAUUUACAGUCUGUUCUGCAAUACCAUAGAUUACUAAUGUCACUUGAAGAUGCUCUAGAGUGGGUAGAUGAAAGACUGUCUCAAUAUCAUUCACGCCGAGAUCUAAUCAGUUCGCAUCCUGAUAAACUAGACGAAAGGAAAACUGCAAAUGCCUUGUCAAAUCAUAAGACAGACGAGGUUGCAGUAUCCAGAUAUUGUACUACUUUGAACGAUUUAGACGAAAGUUGCAACGAGUUUGUUGAAACUGAACAUCCUCUCUGUGAAAGUAUUAAAGCUAAACAGAACGAAUUGGGAGAUCAAUUGGAGAAUCUGACAGACGAAUUGAAAACUGGUGGAAAAUACUUCGAAGCGUGUCAGAUGGCGGCUGAGUUUCAAGUAGAGUCAACGGAGCUCUGCGAUUGGUUCGUUGAAGCGGCACAUAAGGCUCAGAGCUCGGAUUUUGGGAAAGAUUUCGAAUCCUUUGAGAAGGUCAAGAUUGAUUUCAACAAGCUGAAAGAAGCAGUUGACAUGCAUAAGAGCAAUCAGUUGCGAAAUUGCGAGCAGCUGUGUUCUAAAAUUUCUCGGACUUGGACCGGCGAUGAUUUCAGCUGGGUGGAGGAAAAGCUUGAUGACCUUAACAGUAUGAUGAAUGACCUUGAAGUAAUGGUCUCAGAACGUGAAGAUAUGAUGGAAUCAGCAGGAGAGCUCCAUAAAUUCAAUCUAGAUGUAGUGGAAGCUUUAAGUCAGAUUCAAGAAAAGCAGAACGCAAUUCCAACCGCACCAUUGGCAAACCCAACGUUGCAGGGUGUUCAGAAACUGCUUAGGAACCACGAGAGCUUUGAGACCGGCUUGGUUGCGUUAGAGGCGCAAUUGCAUGCGCUAGUUGAGGAAUCGGAUCGAUUGAGUCAAGUUUACCCUGGUGAAAAUGAAGAAAGUUUAUUGGAAAGUAAGAAUAUAAUGGUCAAUGCUUGGCAGAACUUGAAGCGAGACUCAGCCAAAAGGAAACAGAAUUUGUUGCUGACUCUUGAAUUCCAGAAAUAUAAAUCAGCCGCGAAGGAUUUGAUUGACUGGAUGUCAGAGCAGAAACGAGUAGUGUCGGCGAUCAAAGACUCAACACCUAGUGCGGAUUCGAUGAAUGAUUUACAGGAGUCGUUGAAUGGGGUAAAAAGUGGACUGAAGAAUAAAGAGGAGGAUUUUAAGACUUUGGUGGACAGAAGUGACAGAAUGAUCACAAGCGAAGAAAUCUAUCCAGUGGAUGAGGUUUUUACAGACGAGCAGAUCGACCAGGUGCUCAAUACAGUGUUAAGCGGGAAAUCUGCAUUGGAAGACGAAACUGGUUAUCUGGACGCGUCAAUCACGCAUCAGACUCAAUUCUUCGCUUUCCUCUCUAAAUACAAGAACCUCAAGCAACUGAUGAUGAACGAGACUCAAAUAUUGAACUCAAGAAACAGUCGCAAAGUGUCCCUUCAUGACCCUAGAGGCAGUGUGCGUGAGCAGGAAGCCUUAGAAAAUAAGAUCAGCAAAGAACAAGUUUUGCUGGACGAUAUCAGAAAAGUUGCCCAGGAGCUGGAAAUGUCUGGACAUCCAAAAGUGAAGGAAGUCAAUGCUCUGGUAUCAGAACUGGAAAGUACCAGGUAUCAAGUUCUGGCCAAAUGUCAAGCCAGACGUGCUUUGCUGGACGCUACUGUAGACUACAUGGAUUUCAACAUGCGAGCAGCUGAAGAGGAAUCUUGGCUGAAAGAGAAACAAAUUUUAGCUGACAACGAUGACUACAAAAAAGCAGAGACGUUUGAACAGAAAAUCAAAGUGUUACAGAAGCAUCAAGCUCUUGAGUCUGAAAUUGAAAACGGGAAGGAUCGGUUUGGAAUUUUAAAAACGGAUGCUCAGAAGGUUAUCUACCCUGGACCGUACGCUAAAGAUUGUAAAUCUACCGUCAACAAGUUGGAAGUGCUUUGGAGGAAGCUCCUGGAGUCUCUGAACCAGAAGAACUCGGUUCUGUCUGAAGCGCGAGAGGUGGUGAAAUUUUUCAAUGAAUGCGACGAAUCUGAAAAGUGGCUGAAGCAAAAAGAGGUGCUGCUUAAAAUGAGAGAUCUUGGAGAUGAUUAUGAGCAAUGUUUGUUUAUUUUGGACAAAUUGAAUAAACCUUCGCCUGACGAAAUCACGCCACAGAAACUUAAAGAACUGAAUAAGUUAGCGGAUAGUAUUGUAGUGAAGGGUCAACUUGAUCCUCAAGCAGUGCGUGAGAGAAAAAAUGAAAUUAACGACAGGUACCAGAAGGUCAACAGAGAUAUGAAAACGUACACGGAUGAGUUGAAAAAGUCAUUAGAAGUACACAAGUUUAUCCGUGACAGUAACGAUUUGAAUGAUUUGAUAGCAGAACGUACUUCAGUGGCUAAAAGCGACGAUGUUGGAGAUUCUUUAGACUACGCCCAAAAGCUACUUAAUAGACAUGAGCUGGUACAAAAAACGACGAUCCCAGAAUUAAGUUCAAAAAUGGAGAAUUUAAAAGCAGAGGGCCUUGAGUUGAGCCACCGUCAACCGGCACGUGAACAAGAAGUGUUCGAAGCCCUGCAAAAAGCCAACUCUAAUUGGGCUGUUUUGAAUGAUGUCACAGCACAGCGUCAGAAGAACCUUAAAAACUCUGUAGAUUGCUUCACAUUUUUGCAUAAUUGUGCGUUACGAAACAAAUGGGCGAUGGAAUUAAUAGACUCUAUGCAUAACAGAGUUUUGCCUAAAAAUUUGAAGGAAGCUGACAACAAUUUCCAAAGUCAUGAAAGUUUGAAUAAGGAAAUUGGAAACAGUGGAAAAGACGUUGAAGUGUUGUUACAGAGUGGUAAGGAACUGAGUUCGAAGGUACCUAGAAACGCAGACAAAAUAUCUCAAGCUAGUUCAGAAGUCCGAGACAUUAUGCAUAAAUUGAAUGAUGUGUGGGGUAAGACAGCGAAAGAACUGCAUGAUGACAUUGCCUAUCAACAAUUUUUGAAAGAAGCUGCAGAUUGUGAUAUGGCGAUAACAAACUGCGAACUGAUUUUCAAUACUUCGAACGUGGGCGAUUCUUUAUCAGCCGUUGAAUCGCUGCUAUCAAAAUACCAGUCUCGAGUUUCAGCAUACGGGGAAGUUAAAAGCCAGACAAACGAGUGUAUCAAAAAGGGCGAAGAGAUUGUCGAAAAUGGUAACUACCUGUCACCGAGAAUUGAAUCAAGAAUGGAAGAGUUGAAAAACAAGCUUCGCUCAAGUGGAGAAAGUUGUUCUAGACGUAAAGAUAGACUCAAUGUUUCUAAAGAAGUCCAGUUGUUCUUGCAGAAAACAAGGAAACUACUGCUUUGGGUUGCCGAUCAAGACAAAAAGGCCCUAGACGAAAAUUUCAGAGAUCCCACCAAUCUGUUGCACAAAAUCGAGUUGCAUUCAACGUUUGAAAGUGGAAUUAAGCAACAUGGAAAGCAAGUGGACGACUUGAAGAAUACAGGAGAGCGUCUUUUGGCAGAAAGUUUCAAGCCAAAUGAAGGCAUUCUUAGUGACGAGGAAAAUCUAAAAUUGGAAAUUGAAGCAAAAAUAAGAGAGCUGCUAGAAGAAUGGCAAAUGUUGCUCGACCACAGUGGGGACAAAAAGUCUAAACUUCGUGAGGCACUGCAAGCCGUCGAGUUCAAUAGAUUGGCUGAAAACGUUGAGCAAUUCGCAGAUGAGUGCGAGAAAGAUUUCGAAAGCAAUGAUUUCGGAGAUAAUCUGAGAAGCGUGAAACGUGUAACAGCUAAACAUGAAAAAAUGAAGGAUAAGUUGCAUGAAAAGUCGGAUAAUGUUGCGGUACUUUUGGACAUGAUGGAAAGCUUAAAUGUUUCGACAACUUGUCCAACUACCGCCAUGCAGCAAAGACUUGACGAUAUUGUCCAGCGUUACGACAAUCUGACACAAGGAGCGAAACGCCGCGACGAUCAAUUGGAAUCCAGUCUGAUAGUCCAGACUUUCAUUGAAAAACUAAACGCACAUAUAAAAUGGACUGAUCAGAAAAUGCUGGAAACCCAGUUUGAUUUUGAUUGGACGAAAGAUAAUUCGACUAAUUUGAUCGAUUCAAUGUUGGUCGCUAGUGAAAAUUUGGACAAAGAACUCGAGAACAGUCAGGAAACACUAACAAACUUAGAAACGGAAUCUCAGAUUCUUGCAAAUCACCACCCGGUACACCGAAAUACGCUUCGACAGUCAUUUGGAAGUUACAAAGUUAAGUUCGACCGACUGAAACAAGCCAGUGGGGACAAAACGAACGUACUUCGGAUUGUGCAGACGGCGUUCAAGCUGCUAACCAGAACUGGUGAGACUAGAAACUGGCUGGCUCAGAAAGAGAAGUUUUUGCGUGAUAUUGAUAGCCAGAGGUUUGUGAGAGAUGAGCAGUCGUGUCAGAAUGUUCUAGACCAAGUGGUCCAUUUUGAGACUGAGAUGAAGAACCAACGAGCAAACUUGUCUCAGACAGAGGAAGAUAUUUCAGAAGUGGAAAAGUCCGAAAUUCUGCCAAAUAAGGAAAUGUUUUUAAACUUGAGAGUGCGACCUUUGCGAGAAAGACUAGAAGAGCUCUACGCUUACUUCGACAAAGUUCAGUCCUUGUAUGCUAAGCGUGUGGUGAUUCUGACAACUCAACUCAAUCAGUUCCUCUUUUUAGUCGAGGUUGAAGAAAGUAUGGACGAGUUGGAUAAAGCAAAGGACGUGUGCAGAAAUGAUGACUACGGACAUGACGUGGAGAGUGUAGAGAUUCUUGUGGGGGAUUUCAGAGGAAAGGAGAAAGAAAUGAUUAGUCUGGAGACAAGCUGUGAUCAUUUGGUGCAAACGGGAAUGAAUUUGGCUUCGGAACCUGGAACACUUCCUGAACUCACAGCUAAAAGCGGAGAAUUGAAAGCAUCGUGCCAGGAGUUGAAAGCUCUGCGGGAAGCGAGAGCGGCCGCUUUGGAAGGGGCUCGCCUUGUACACAAGUUGAAUCGAGAUAUCGAAGAUUGUCGAGCUUCAAUUCAGGACAAACAAGCAGAAUUGUCGAAUGAGCACGACAUCGAUGAAUACGAAUCGCUCCAACUCAUGUACGACAAACAAGAAGACCUUGAAAAAGAAAUUGAAAAUUUGAAUGAGCGAGUGAACAAAUUGCAAAGCAAUGGAGAAAAUCUGGUGGAAAGGUAUGGCAAUGAUGAUCAUGUGAAUGGGAAAGUGAACGAACUGAAAGCCGAGUGGACAAAAUUGAAGUCGAUGUCCGGAAUGCAGAAUGAUAAAUUGAAAAGGCUUGAAAAUGUGAAGGAGUUCUAUGACAUGUUUGCGGAAGUCAUGCAAUGGAUUAACGAAACCAUAACGACCAUGAACAGCGACGACCUUCCGAGAGACGUUCCUGGAGCAACUCUGAAGGUCAAGCAGCAUGACUUGCUCAAACAGAACAUCCGAUCUAAAGAUGCCGAUGUGAAAGCUCUUUGGGCCAAAGGACAACAGCUGAUUGAGACAGGCGUGAGUGUUCAGGAAGACAUUCACGAGAAGCGAUGCAGAGUACAAGACGGAUACAAAGUUGUGGAGAAUACUUGGAAACAGAGAAGUGAUCUCUACAAAAUAAAUCUGGACUUGCAGGAGUUCCUGGCUGAUGUAGAGAAUUUGGACUCCUGGAUCCAGAAGAAAACACCAGAAGUAUCCAGCAAGAAUUGCGGUAAUGACCUGAUCGAAGUUGAAGAUCUUCUGAAGAAGCAGAAGGAGCUCGAGGAACUGAUAGAUGCCCAGAAGGAAAAAAUAGAAGCCAUUAACAGAAAAACCAAGCUCGAAAGUGGUCUAGCAGACUGGAAAGAAAGAGAAGAAGAAAGAGCAAGAGACGAACACCGUCGAAAGCUGCAAGCAUCGAUUCGCAAACGAGAAACUACUCGAAUCACUGAUGAACGCCACCGACGCAAUCGCGAGCAGCGUAGACGAACACAGGAAAUUGCUUUUUCUCCCGAAAAAAUCAUAACUAAAGCCGUAGAAUCUGAAGCUAUAUCUAGUUUGGAGUCAGCAUCGGAAGCACAGAAGGCUUCGUCGUUUAAUUCAAAUUCGAAUCAAGACAAGAAAUUUGUAUCACCAUUUUUGACUGAUUACAACAUGAGUGCGGAAGCGGCACAGCCGUUGUCAAGUGCAAGCGGCAUGAACUUUGAAUCCGGGUUGUCAAAAAGUACGGGCGAAAAUGAAUCGGGAGCAUUCUCUUCGAAUCCUAUUCCGGUUCCGAAAGCACCGAUUAUAAGACAAGGCAUCAGAUUGAGGGUAACUUCUUCGGUUAAUCGAUCGAGAUCGAUAACAAGGAAUGCGUCGUCUCUGAGCAAACAGACGAGCAAGUUGCACAAUGCUUCGAACCCAUCUAGUGGCGCUGCUAGUCCCAGAAGGUCGAUGAGCGGAAACAAUGCAGCAGAUGGGACAAAUGUGUCCUCUUCUCAAGGGGGAUCAACCAGUCCCAGUAUCAAAACUUCCUUCUCGCCCCCUCUCUCUCCUAUGAGGUCACCUCGUGGAAGUUACUCGAUGCAGUCCCCGCAGCUGGAGGGCCAGGCAAAGAUCGAACAAACGCAGAUGUCAAUGAAGCAGGCGUUUUCGACUCAUCGAAUGAAGAACAUAGAAGCGUCGAACCAGGGAGAAUCUAAUCUUGUGUCGCCCCAAGAAGUCAAUCAAAAUAACCAGCAGCCGGUUGAUGCCAAUAAUGUGCACAGAACUCCGUCACAGAAUUCGGGGAACAGUUACGCCAGCAUCAACUCUGCGUGGUCAACUGCCCGCUUCACAGACGCCAACACUGACUCUAGCUCCUCCCUCUCUCCCUCGUUCACAGGGAUGGUGGAACGGAAAGCAGUUAUGCAGUCGGGAUCCCGCAAGGCCACAAUGCGCAACUGGAAGACACUCUACUGUGUUGUGGUAUCACACUCAAUCAAGUUCUACAAGGACGAGCACGCGUUCAGAAAUGGUGAAACCUGCAGCAGUUUGAUAUCACUUGAAAACGCCAUCUGCGAAGAGGCAGUGGACUACCACAAGAAGAAACAUACAUUGCGACUUAUCACCAAAGACGGCGGCGAGUACUUAUUCGACUGCAAAAAUGAAACCAAUGCCAGGAACCUAAUGCACGCGAUAAAUGAAGAGGCGGAUCGAAUUUCAGCAAUGAAGUCUAACUACAACCAGACCCAUUCGUCCACGGUGAUGUCAGGUUAUGGAUCCCUUGAAAGACCGAAUAUUCCUCCGCCUCAGCCGCCCAGUAGUCUAGGAGCUACAUUGGAACCUAUCUCAUCAUCGAGUGGCCUUAGAGUGCAAACAUCUCCUAUAUCUUCUCAAAAAUCUCAAACUAACUCUUCUGCUAGCGAUCAACCUUCGCCUCCGCUGACUUUUUCUAUGCUAUCUCGCAAUACACUUACAAACGGCUCCUUCAGAAAGCAAAACCAAUGCGGAGAGAUUACUCAAAGCUUCUCAUCGACAAGUGUGAGCUCUAAAGGAGCUUUUGCACCUCCUUUACCACCUAAACAGUUUAGAGGUCAACUAAAUUCAACUUCCUCGAAUAGUUGGCAGACGCAUGAAGUGAAGGAGUCUUUUCAAGUUACAAAAGUAACAUCAUUCAAUGCAAAACACACCCCUGCCAUAAUAACUGCGAGUAAUAAAUUAGCUUCCAUAACUCAUGGAUCAAAUGCUGUUCCUCUUUCGCCCAAUUUGCAAAGAUCUAAUUUUUCACAAUCCUACAACUCGGGUAUGUCAAGUAACGCGAAUAAGAAUCCGAGCUUCCCCAAAAGUACGAGCACGGGAAAUUUCUCUUUGGGGCAAAGCUCGAACACAAUUAGUCUCGAAGGAUUCGGUGAUAGACAAAGUAGUCAAAACUGGAGCUCGAGGAACCUUUCAAGUAUUCCAGAUGCCUCAUUUGCCGAAAUGGGAGAAUCAUCUGCACAGUAUAGAAAUAAGCUAAAUUCCAGUUAUGAAUCUUUGAGCCGAAUGGGAGAUUAUCCGUUUUACGAAGUGCCUCAACCUUCUUCUAACAUAGCUGUUGAGACCAGUCUUGAUUUCGCUUCUGCUCCUUCACAAUGUAACCCUAGCUUUGAUAACAAACAAUAUCUGUCCCCUAAUUUUACACAAGACACUGCGUCGAAUGCUAGCUCCCACACUAUAGCUGUAUCUUCGCUCAGUCCUACGUAUAGUUAUGGUAAAAGUAUGAGUAAUGGUAAUAACAAUUAUACAGAUGAAGAUCAGCGCCAAAUUUACCAUCAUCAGCAGCAACAACACAGACCUUCUUAUUCCAACCAGUCAAUAGCGAGUAUGAGCACUGUGAAUCCAUCGCUUCCAAGGCGUUUCGACUCUAUGGGCAGGCGACCGAAUAGUGCCUCGCAGCGUCCUAGUCCUCCAGCUAACCCCCCUAACCACAACUUGAAUGAACACAAACAGACAUCGGGGUGGAAAACCGAAGCACCUUCUACUGCAAACAAACCUAACACAGCCAAACCUCGGCCCUCUUUUGAAACCCAAGUUUGAUUUUCACAGCUACUCCCAUUGAAACUGACUUGCCCUCAAUACAAGAAACUCCUCCAGGCGAAGAUUCUUUUGACGCUGACUCGUCCAUCGCUAGUGGCGACGUUAGCUUCUCAUCGCCUG